CCGUACUUGACCGGUAAAAUUAGACCUUUCGUUAAAAAAGUACUAGAUUUCCGAGGACUUAAAAACAGAAUCACCGAAACACACUCAGAGUCUUCUGAAACUGAAACCCCGGUCAAGCAAGGAGGUGAAUCACCUAACAGCACGAAUAAGGAUCAGAAAGAUAUAAGCUUUGAAUCAACUAGCUAUACCAAAGGCCUCGAGAAAUGGAAAAAGGAGCGAGGUCGGCAGAAGAGAUUCAUACGGAAUCCAAACUAUGUGAGGGCUAACAAAUUCUUUGAUAAGGUCUUUAGAAAUGAAUUGGUAUGGAAACGGUUUAAGGAUCUUCCACCGCCUCAUCCGGGAUUUGGAGAGGAAACAACCGUCAGCCUGAACAUAUAACCAGUGGAAUCUGUGAAAUUUUCUUGUUUGCACUUUACAUUAUACCCCAUAUAAGGGAGACCAUAAUGACUGUGAAAUUGCCAAUGUAAACAACUUCAGCUCCUCGGAUUCCCAAUGCAAAUAAACACAAAGCACAAUAAAUUGAAUUAGCGGCAAA